UCUUAAGUAAUUUGGCUGUUCAAAUCAAUCAAUUAUUCGUCAUUCGUCUAGUUAGUCGAACAAUUCAUCGGUUUAUCAUUGUCCCCUCGUUGGAAGAGCUACAUAAACUUCUGCGUCAAUGAGACGGUAUCACACCUUAAAUUCGAUAGGCAGAGGGGCAUGGUGGGGGAGGUGUGCGAGCUUCAGACCUUUACAUCACAGGACUUACGUGCGGUGGAGGCGCUGGAUCUGGUUGCAGCACAUUUUUGUCUUUUAGGUAAUUUUCAUUAAAAAAUAAACAGCAGUAGGCCUAUUUGUGGAUGUGCUGUGCCUACUUUACUUCAGUAUUCUGGAUUUGUAAAAGCUUUGUCGUAUAAUGAGAGUUCCCAGUCCGGCAUUGAUAUGUGCAGUUUUUCUUCUGGUACGAGGAUUUUUAUGCCAAGGACAAGAUACUAAAUCAACCAAUCCCUGUUGUCAUUUCCCCUGCCAGAACUGGGGUGUGUGUGUGAGGUUUGGCAUGGACAGAUAUGAAUGUGACUGUACUCGCACUGGUUACUAUGGAGAAAAUUGCACUAUUCCGGAGUUCUGGUCCAGAGUCCAGCAGCUGCUGAAGCCCACUCCUGAUGUAAUGCACUACAUCCUCACCCAUUUCAAGUGGCUGUGGGACAUCAUCAACCAGACGUUCCUCCGUAACAUGCUGAUGCGCUUGGUCCUCCAAGUAAGGGCCAGUUUGAUCCCCAGCCCCCCAACCUACAACUCUAAGUAUGGUUACUUGAACUGGGAGUCAUAUUCCAAUGCCACCUACUACACUCGCAUCCUGCCUCCGGUGCCGGAGGACUGUCCAACACCCAUGGGGGUCAAAGGAAAAGCAGUACUUCCAGAUCCUGAGGUUCUGGUGGAGAAGUUUCUACUGAGGAAGAAGUUCAGACCAGAUCCACAGGGAUCCAACCUGAUGUUUGCUUUCUUUGCCCAGCACUUCACCCAUCAGUUUUUCAAGACCCACAACCGUGUGGGUCUGGGCUUCACCAAGGCCCUGGGACAUGGAGUGGACGCCGGGCAUAUUUAUGGUGAUAAUCUGGCUCGCCAGCUCCGACUUCGUCUUCACAAAGACGGGAAACUGAAAUACCAGGUAGGAGAUCUGCUGGCAAGCAAGUUUGAACACAUCUGUAAUAUUCUGUUCCCAAGCUGUGACUAUGAUUUGGCAAAAGGUAAAGAUAAAUCUAGAGGGACACUUUCCUUUGCUUGGAAUACUUGUUUAGAUACGCAAGAACUAGCAACAUUUCUGGUAUCUAUCUACUCUGCAUCUGAUAAUAUAGGUGGUGGUCACAAUAUCCACCAGGUGACGGCCAAGGUGGCUGUGAGCACCAUUAAAGAGUCCAGACACUUACGUUUCCAGUCCUUCAACCAGUAUAGGAAGAGGUUCAAGCUGAAGCCAUACACAUCCUUUGAGGAGUUUACUGGUGAGAAGAUCAUGGCUCGGGAGCUGGAGGAACUCUAUGGCGACAUCGACGCCCUGGAGUUCUACCCUGCUCUGCUGCUGGAGAAGACGCGACCUGGGGCAAUAUUUGGCCAGAGCAUGGUGGAGAUGGGAUCUCCGUUCUCCUUGAAGGGGCUCUUGGGAAACCCCGUAUGCUCCCCGGAAUACUGGAAGCCCAGCACCUUUGGUGGGCAGACGGGAUUUGACAUUGUGAAAUCUGCCAGCCUGGAGAAGUUGGUCUGUCUCAACACCAAGAAGUGCCCUUAUGUAUCGUUCCACGUUCCAGCAGCUAAUGAUGACCAGCAGCAAAACGAACCCAAGCAGCAGACUGAGUUAUAGCUUAUCGGGAAAAAAAUACUGUAACUUUACAUAUUUACAUUUUUACAUUUUUUAAAUAAAACUGUUUUAAAUGGACAA